UUUUCAAUAAGGUCACUCUGCCGCCAUCUUUUUUGUUUCACGGGAAAAAUUAAAAAUUUGUCCGGUAAAAGCAGUGUGCAUUAAAAAAAUUUGCGCCAGCCGCACGCUAGAAAAGCCAAACAACGACAACUGAAGAUAUCGCGACGGGGAGGCCGCGUUUAAAAAAUAAAGCAUUUUUAAUUAUACAAAUUUUUCAGCAAGAUGGGUGAAGUGAAGUCCGUGAAAGUAGACAACUGGGGCGUCUUCUUUCUGCAGAAGCUCCAAAAUUUCUUCAAUAAAACGGAUUAUUGCGAUUUAACACUACAAUUUCGUGACAAUUCACAGUUGAAAGUGCAUCGUCUUGUUUUAAGUGCUUGCACUGAUUAUUUUAAUGUGCUGGAGCAGACCUGCGACAUAGUUGACGACGCACUCAUAAUGCCGACCGAAUUUCAAGCUGAUGUUGUGGUGCCCAUUGUCAAUUUCAUGUAUACGGGCACACUCGAAUUUGAGCUUAAAAUGUAUGGCAAACUGUUGCGCACCGCCAAAGAGAUGAAUAUGACCGUGUUGCUGAAGUUACUGGAGGCCCAUCGACGCACCAUGGAGAACGUGAAUCGGCAGCAAAGACCACCCAGUCCGAAGGGUAUACGACGUCGUCCUAUGGUACCAAGUAGCAAUGCCACGGGCGCCCAGCAACGUGGUUCCAUAUCAACUCCCUCAAACCGCAUUGGUGCCAGUCCGGGCAACAGCAACACAGGACGUACGAAUGUGCAACAACCACGUGGUAUAAAUACCCCAGCAAUCCUGCGCUCCGGCGGCAUCAGCAAUCGCACACAAUAUGGCGAAACAACAUCUACGAGCACCUAUGUCAAGCAGGAACCCACUUCGCCAUUUGAACAGUUGCGCAAAGGUUAUAACAACAAUAAAAGACCAGCACAAACGAGCCUACUGUCACCGCCGUCAAAGAAACCCAGUUUGGAGGAGGUCAAAGAGUUUGCCGAACAGCAACGCAUGCGCAAACAGAUUGCCGCAGAGUAUGGUGACCAUGGCGACCCAGAAUAUGAUAACAUGAUGCUGUAUGAUGAUGUGCACACAGGUGACGAUGAUGACGAUGAUAUGCCUCCACAACCAUCGACAUCAAAACAACAACAACAGCAAACCCCGCAACAGUUCGGAGGAACGCAAACGCAAAUGGAGCACGGCACAACAACCAUCAUACUAAAGCAGGAUUCCCCUAGCCAAACGCCCACAAUUAUUGUAAAAGAUUCGUCUAACACCAAGUUGAAUCAUACUAAAAUAAUAGCUGAGGUUCUCCGCCAAUAUCCACAUAUUGUAAAGGGCCACAAGAAUAUAAAAUUGAAAAUAAUGCCCAACAGUCCGGUCGAAAAAACAGCUACCGCUGUUAAACGUGCCUCACCGGCACCAGUCGGAUCACCAGCCGGCCCCACAUCGCCACACAAGAAGCUGCAUGUGUCAUUUAAGCCAGACAAGCCUAUGAUAACUACACAGCAGCAGAAACCUACACAAAAAUUGACGACGACCCAGCCAACAGCAGUCGAAGCAACACUUCAGCCAAUAGCAUCUGCAACGGCGACCUCCACCACGACAACUGCUGCAUCGACAGGGCAAAAGCGACGCAUUGACAGUAAGACAAUGCAUACGUUAAUUGCACUGGGUGCUGAGAACACCACAGGACCUUGGCUGUGUCUGCGUUGUGGCGUUAAUGGACGGCCAAUAAGCAUUCCAUCGUAUCGUGGUUUCCGUCGCCAUUUGAUUAACACUCAUAAGGAGACAAUAGAUCCGGCGCUAUGUGAACAUUGUGGUUGGCGUUCGGCGAACAAUCGGGAAUUGCAUUUCCACAUGUACACCGAGCAUCAGAUCAAAUCACUGCUCUACAACUUUGCGGAGUGCGCGCUGUGCAACCAAACGUACUUGACCAAGAGUGAACUGGAGCAGCACAUCAACGAAGCGCACACGGAUGAGAAUAAGCAACAGUGCAUUUAUUGUAGCAAGGUGUUUGCGCAGGAGCUACAGCUGUAUAGGCAUAUGAAAAACUAUCACAAGGCACAGGCACUGGAGGAUGGCAUCAUUGAUGAAACCGAUGAAGAAUAUCUCGGCUCGCAAGACGAAGACGAACAGUUGGAGGAUGAAGAGCAGGAGGAGGAGGAAGUAGAUGAUCCAAUGCAGGACGAAAAGGUGCGCAUUUUAUCCGAUAUCAGCUUGCCAGCGACUAGUGCCAUUGUACAGCAACAGACCCGUGACGAGCCCGAUGAAGGGGCCGUAACAGAAGCGGAUACAGAGGAGGAGCAAAUUAUGCAGUCGCCAACCCCGGAGCAGGAAGUCAAGUUUGUCGGCGCCGAUGGCAAUGAAGUUGAGCUAACUGAAGAACAACGCAAGGAGAUAUUGUCACAGCUGAAUCAGCAACAGGCAGGCGCACCCAGCGGAGGUGUUGUCAUGGUGCUCAGUGAGCCAGAAGUGGAUGCGAAACAGGAAGGCGACGUGAAAUCAUUAACUGGCACAGAAGAGGAAUACGAUGACAGUCAAAUUUAUAGUGAACUAGCCGCCACCGGAUCCGUAGAGAGCAGUAGCAAAAAGAGUGAAGCCGCCGAUGAGAGCAAGGAGUCCAUUGAUAAUCUAGAAUGGGCCGAGAAUUUAAUAUCAAAACAUGACUUGGAAACAGAUCAGAACAGCAAAGAACCAAAGGCAGAAAAGGGCCGCGAUGACAUUAGUGAAAAGCUUAAAGAGCUGACGGGUGAAUGGACCGAAGAUGAGAAUGAGGAUGAGGACGACAUAGAUGACAAACCCGCGACCUCAGAGCUAGCAGCUGUUGUGCAGACGGAAAAGAACACGGAGAAGCAGGCGGCAUCAACAGUUGCUGAGGCAGCCGAAGAAGCAACUGAAGAACCAGAGCCGGAAGAUGAUAUUGACUUGGCGCUGGAAAGCUUACAUAAGGGUGAUGGCGAAGAGACAGAGACCAUUGCUAAAGAGACGGCACCUACCAACACCAGCAGCACAACUGAAAUAAGUCAGGAUGAGCCAGAUGCAGCGGCAGAAAUAGUAGCAGAUGAUUUGCAAAAGUCUAUUAAAGAUGAAGACGACGUUAAGAAAGAACGUGAAACUGAGGAGGAAUUCAUUAAGGAGGAUGCGCCAACAACAAUCGAAGCUGUUGCCGAAGGCGAAAGUGCGGACAUCAAUAAUGAAAUUGCUGCAGAGAAUUCUGCUGAUGCAGUUGUCUCCACUGGAGUCGAUGACGUAAAUUUGGAAACAGAAAAUAUUCGGAAAGUGUUGAUUGAUGAAUUAAUUGCUGAGGCGAAAACGCCUGAUGCCGAUGCCGAUGUCGAUGUCGAUGCAGUGACUGGCGAACAGCCAGAACUGACAGAAGUGUCGCCUACUCAGCUACCUGAAGUAGAUGGAUCAGAGACGCAACAAGCUGAUGCGACCAAAGCUAUUGAGGCUGUAGAGGAAUCAAUAGAAAAUAAUAAUGAGAAAAGAGCUGAAGAAACAACAGCAGUGGAUGAAGCAUCUGCUGCAACCGAUGAGAAACCAAACACCAGCGAUGCUGUUGAAGUCGAUGGUAAAGCAGAGCCACUGACAGCAGGUACACAAGAGAAAUUGAAGAGUCUCAUGAAUGAGUGGGUAGACGAUGAUGAUGAUGAUAAUGAAGAUGAGAAUGGGGUUACGGCUGCGGCGAAAGAGCAACUCUAAUUAUUAGAUUUAUUUAUGUUUUAAGUUCGUUUUCAAAUGCCAGUGCUACAAUACGAACAACUGAAUAAAUGGAUUCAGCAUGGAAA